ACAAGAAUUCAGAGACAGAACCAGGAUUAAACCCGGACUAUGGCAGACUCCAGUAGCAGCAGCCUCCCAGACUCCACAGAGUCCUCAGUCCAGGACUAUGUCAGACCAGCGCUGCGGCUGCUGCAGUGGGAGGAGCCUAAGAAGUCGGCCGUCGCCUUCUUCCUGACGCUGACGGUGCUGGUUUCCAUGGCGACCCUGUCCGUCAUCAGCGUGGUGUCGUAUCUGCUGCUCACCUGUCUGUGCUGCACCAUCACCUUCAGAGUUUACAAAGCCGUGGUCCAGGCUCUUCAGAAGUCGGACGAGGGACAUCCCUUCAGGUCUCUGUUGGAGCGAGACCUGGAACUAACCCAGGACUCGGUCCGACAGUUCUCGGAUCAGACCCGGAUUUACCUGAACCGGAUCCUGGUCCAGACCCGGAGACUCCUGUUAGUCCAGGACCUCGUGGACUCCCUCAAGUUCGCUGGAGCCAUGUGGAUCCUCACGUUUAUCGGAGCCGUGUUCAACGGCCUCACACUGCUCAUCCUCGCGGACGUGGCGGCGUUUACUGGACCUCUGCUGUACCAGAGGAACAAGACUCAGGUGGAUGAGUUUGUGGAGCGCGCUCAGAACAAACUCCAACUGCUUCUGCUCCGGCUGCAGGAUCGUCUGCCUGGAGCCGUCAAGAAACUCAAACCUGAAUAAAAUCAAUAAAAAAUACAAC